CAUAGGCACAGCACAAGGUUUUAUUUUUGCCAGCGCCCUAGCUGGUCCAUGACAUGUUGAGGGAGGCUUUCCAAGAACUUGUAAACCUGCAACACUGCAAGGUCUUGAUAAAAAUCUAUUUAGUCCUCCAUUGACAUGAUGGUGGCGGCUCUGAAAGUGAUCCAUGGAAUUGAGGUCCUUCUCCAAUCCCCCUCAAACAAAGAGUUUCUGCCAGAAAGGACUUCAUUAUCCUUUUGUCGUCCUCUCCACGAUAUUUCUUCUUGUCCAUAGCCGGUGUGGAGCUUCAGCAACCGGGGUCGAGCUGCAGAACAUGGAGAGCAGUAGCAGCAGCCUGCGGGUGCUCUUCGUAGGCAACUCCUUCACGUAUGCAAACGACCUGGAUAAGGUCUUCACAUUGUUCAUGCGCAGCAGGGGGAUCGUAGUUGAGGCGAAAAGAGUAGCGAAAGGGGGCUACAGCUUCGUCCAACAUUUGAAAGAUCUGGAGAACUCAGAGGAGGAGCUGUACAGUCUACUUGGAGAGGGCAGUCAAAGCGAGCAGAGAUGGGACUAUGUCAUACUGCAGGAUCAGAGCCAGAUCCCAGGGACGUUCCAGUACACAGGGCUGUGGGAGAGUAGCAAGGAAGCGCUCCUGCAACUAGCUGCCAUAGCCACGAAAAAGGGCGCCACCGUAGUGCUACUUCAGACCUGGGCCCACAGGGAGGGGAACUAUGACCGCAGCAAUGCUUUCUUUACGCAGCUCUUUCCAGACUACCCAACCAUGCAGCGUCUGCUGAUCACGGGGUAUGAGAUGUACAAGACUGAGAUUGAAAAAGCGGUGCCGGGAAGCAUCGUCGUGAUCGCGCCUGCGGGCAAGGCUUGGAACCUCAUUUAUGACACCAUGGAGGGGGGAAGGGCUGACUCUGGUAGUGGACACAAAGCUACCGAAGGAAGUAGGCAGACAAGAGCUUUGAGAGGCGGUGCAACUGGCGAGGCAGCUUCGGCAAUACCCGACGGAGGCCAGAAUUGGCUUGAUCUGAAAUGA